AUGGCUGCUGUUAGCGUUGGUUAUGAUGCAUUUUACAAAAACAUUUCAACAGGUGCAGUUAAUUCUAAAAGAAAAGGUUUGACUGUGCUUCACACUGACUCAGAUAAAGGUUUCUUUUCUGGUGGCUUACUGUAUUUUGAAUCCAGUAAAAACACAAAGAAAUAUCAUGUAACGAACAGUGACAACUUCAACAAUUGGUUUAAACGCAUUUUACCAAAACAUGAAAGAAACUCAGUCAUUGUAAUGGACACUGUGCCUUACAAUUCUAAUAAGUUAGAAGAACCUCCUUCAUCCACACAGAAGAAGCAAGACAUUGUUGACUGGUUUCAAUCAAAUGGGGAAACAUUUGAUAGGUCAAUACCGAAACUCAUGCUGUUAGAACAUGUAAGGCAAAUUAAAUCAAAAUUUAGCACAUUUUUCAUUGAUUCCAUUGCUCAGAAUGCAGGUCAUAACAUAUGA